AUGUCGGGUCACCAAUAUUUCGACGACAGCUCCAGUGCUCCCUCGUCACCCGAACUUCAGUCCACAGGCUCCUCCUCCAGCCUCUCAAGCCUUCAAUCUACAGCCUCUCCCAUUUCUCCACCCCUGGACAAUGCUGUCGCCGACUCCUUCGUCUUCGCUUUCGACAUUGACGGUGUCCUCGUCCGUGGUGGAAAGGCCAUCCCCGAGGCAAUCGAGGCCAUGAAGGUCCUCGACGGGCAGAAUGAGUACGGUGUCGCCAUCCCCCACAUCUUCCUUACCAAUGGUGGUGGUAAGACAGAAGAGGAGCGCUGCCGCGAUCUCUCCAAGCAGCUGGAGCGUGAUAUCAAGGUCGGUCAGUUCAUCUGCGGCCACACUCCCAUGAGGGAGAUGGCCGAGACUUACGGCACCGUCCUUGUCAUCGGUGGAGAGGGUGAGAAGUGCCGCCAAGUCGCUGAGGGCUACGGCUUCAAGGACGUUGUCACCCCUGGCGAUAUCAUCAAACACGACGCUGCCACCACUCCGUUCCGCAAGCUCACCGAGCAGGAGCACGCCAACUCUCGUGAGCGUGAUUUCAGCGAUGUCACCAUCGAUGCCGUCUUCGUCUUCGCCGACUCCCGCGACUGGGCCGGCGACAUCCAGAUCAUGCUUGACGUUGCCAUGUCCAAGGGUGGCCGCCUCGGCACCCGCUCUGAGACCUUCGACGAGGGUCCCCCCUUCUACUUCUCCCACAACGACGUCGUCUGGUCUGCUGCCCACGAGCACGUCCGUCUCGGUAUGGGCGCUCUCCGCCGCAUGUUCGAGGUUACGUUCAAGGAUAUCACCGGUGGUCAAGGCAAGCUCAACACGCACGCAUUCGGCAAGCCCCAGGUUUCCACCUUCGAGUUCGCUUCUCGCCUAAUGACCCAAUGGCGCAGCACUGAGCACGGUCUUGCCGCUCCCCCUUCCACCGUCUACUUCGUCGGUGACACUCCUGAGAGCGAUAUCCGCGGCACCAACGCUGUCAACGAGAAGGCUGACAACGACUGGUACUCCAUCCUCGUCAAGACUGGUGUAUACCAGGAGGGUACCGAGCCCGCCUACAAGCCUCGUGUCACUGUCACCAAUGUUCUCGACGCUGUCAACCACGGUCUCCACCGUGAGAUGAAGAAGAAGGGCAUGUCUGGCUUGAAGCAGGCGAUGCUCAAGACCACCGAUGUCACUGACAACGCCCGCAGCAUUCUCGACGAAGAGUGCGGCAUCCUGGUUUAA